UGUUGGACUAAGGUGGGCCAGGUGGAGCAAGAAAUAAAGGCGGGAAAAACGGAAUGUUGAUUCAAGGGUCCGUCUUGUUACUGCCUCAACAAUGUGAUCCAACAAAGACAAUAAAACUCUGCCGGUAAAAUCAAAGACGAAGAGUCACCGGCCGGCCAGUAGGAGGAGCUCUACCAACAAACGCCGCCUCCUUCUGGCUUCCACUGACUCGGGAUCUCAUUGUUAAAGCGUUACGUGCAAAUGCACAAAACCUAACCAAUUUCAACAAAAGCCUCUUCGUUGAAAAACUAGAGACGCCUGCGAAUCGUCAGGUGACAUAAUUAAAGAAGAUGAAGGCGAAUUGGGAGGUUAAGGAUUGCUGUAACCACGACCAAGUCAUCUUCCUUGUCACCAUUGGUGUCUACACCGUCUGCAUUUUUGUCUUAUGGAGAACAUUUAUUAUAACGCCUUUCAAGCUCAUUACUGUGUUUCUUCAUGAAGUAAGCCAUGCAAUUGCUUGUAAGCUCACAUGUGGAGAGGUAGUGGGCAUAAAAGUUCAUGCCAAUGAGGGGGGAGUGACACAAACUCGUGGUGGUCUUUCUUGGGUGAUAUUGCCUGCUGGAUAUCUGGGUUCGUCUUUUUGGGGAAUGGUUCUCAUACUCGCAUCAACAAAUGUUCUCAGUGCAAUGAUAGCAGCUGGUUGUUUUAUUGCCGCUUUGCUUAUCGUGCUCUGCCUUGCAAAAAAUUGGACACUUCGUGGACUUUGCAUCGGAUUUAUCAUUUUCAUUGGUGGAAUUUGGGCUCUGCAAAUACAAACGGAAGUUCGUAUGCUUCGUUAUGUAAUUCUCUUCAUAGGUGUUAUGAACAGCUUGUUUUCCGUUUAUGAUAUCUAUGAUGAUUUAAUAUCUCGAAGAGUGAACACAAGUGAUGCUGAGAAAUUUGCUGAACUUUGUCCCUGCUGUUGUGCUGGUCCUUUUUGGGGAGUCCUCUGGGGAAUGAUAUCUUUUGCAUUUCUUUUUGGAGCUAUGUACCUUGGCCUUGCCCUUUUAUCUUGAGGUCUUUCAAUGGGUUUAACGUCCUUACAAUAUGGCAGUGCAGAGUUCCUGUCGUCUCAUCAGUCUUUUGGUUAUUUAAAUGGCUGUUGUAUAGUAUUUCAUCAACAUUAGAUGCGACAUUCAUUUUUGCCCAGGGAUGCACUCUUGUCCUCAACCCAGUGGGCACAUUCUUUUUAUCCCUAUUAGAGGGGGUUAGUACAGUUAUGACUUGUAUUUGUAUAGCAAAAUCAAAUACCAUGGUUUCCAGGUCAGCUGAUUCAUGUGAUAGAACUUCUCCAGACAUUUGUAAUUCGACAACAUCAUAGGAGUUGCUAAGAGUAAAUUCAAGAAAAGAGCCUAUUGUGUGGGAAAUCCUUCAAGAAGUGCAAAGACAUCCUCUCUUGUUGAACAGAGCACUAGGCAUACAGGCAGUCUAGCCUGUUUUAAUGGAGGGGACGCGUCUUUUCACAUCCAUUAGUUCAUAAAUUGGGAAAUAGAAAAUUGUUUUGAGUCUACCAAGUCUCCAUUUCACUGUAAAUAAAUUGAGUACAGUGGGUUAUUUGAUGCCCGAACAUGAAUUGUACCCCUUGUAUUUUGUUCAACUAGAUUCAAGCGAGUGUAAAGAAGUUGAUUUGUUUUC